AUGAUCUCGAAGAAUCUGCGGAGUUCAACCCUACGACACGUCCGGGCUGUAAAAAUGCAGAUUAUUUUCAUAUAUAUUUUCUUACUUAACUUCAUAACAGUGAAAAGCGUAUGCUGCCGCACUUUCGCCAUUUCAUUCGUACCAAAAAUAAAUGAAUUCGGCCCGUGCGAUACGUACGUACGAUACGGGCUCAGACACACGGAAUUCACUAAUGGCAACCAGGUCCGUCCCGGUCCGUGCAAGGUCAGAGUAUGCAACGACGGCAAACCGACGACCGGCAUUUACUGUGGGAAAGGACCUUGCAAUAUCUUCGGCUGCAAUUGCGAUGGAGGGUGUAUCGAAGGGGAUCCUGAUUAUCCAGAGGACCCUGUGAGGAAUUUUAUGGACUAUUAUUCGGUUGAAGUGGAUCUCGCUACUGAGCCUCCCACCACCACCACCAUCUUACCGACCCCACUGCCUAGGAAAUGUCCUGGCAAAUGA